ACAAACUUUAUCAGGAAAGAUUGAGGAGCAGCAAAAGGAAGAAGUGCCUGGUAUUUGAACAUAUCGUACCAUCAUCCGAGUUUGAACACAGUGACAGACUAUCCAGUCUCAUUCAACACAACUGCAACGGUUUCGAGAGGCAGCUAUACCGGUUGCCCUCAUCCAGGUGCAAGCUGGCUUCUGGGGACGAGUCAUUGUACCCCUGAUAAUGAACUAGUAUUCAUGUACUAGAUUUUUCUAAGAACCAGCGUAGUUUGUUAUUCUUGACUGGUGAAAAUCCAGGCACUAGAAUCUGAGAUAUGCUUCGACUUAGAUACAUUCUGCUGCAAAGCUCACAAUGAACGUGGUCCCGCCUAAGAACACAGCACGCGCUAGCAUAAAGAUAUUGCAUCUUGAUGAGGGUGAUUGUGCUGUAGCACUGGAAACCAGAAAAACAGCGACAUUUUCGAACGAUUCAGCAUUGAGUCUGUUAACCUGCUACACCCUCACCAUAUCCAGCGGAAUUGGCUCAGCAAUAUCCCGGCCUCAAGCAGUGACGCCCAAGGAUUGAAUGAAUUUUUAGCCUAGCCAAGAGCAACAAUUUUAUUUACUUCUGUUAAAAGAGGUUGCAUUUACACAGCCCAACAUGCAAAAAUAAUUGGUCUAUCAGAGCGAUCACGGAUCUACCUGGCCAGCGGCUAGUAGAAAGGUUCAAGACACUGAAGUUUCUUACCAGUGUCUGCUUACCUUUUUCGGGGUUUUUUUUUUAAUUGUUUUUUUUUUUUUU